UGGGCGGGCUGAGACUCGGGUCAGGAUCCCCAAGGCAAGGUCGGCGCCUGCAAGGAGGGAGGCGUUCAGGGAGUCAGGCGUAGGAGCUGCUACGCCAGCUUCUGUGGGACGGUGAUCGCUUUGGGAAGUUGCGGGCAAAAACGGGUCACUUGCACCUUGUCUCCUUGUGGGCCCUCUCCCCAAGUAGUAGAGCCACACCGAGCAGCGGGCAGAGCGAGCCCAAGGAAUGCGGUGCUGCCCUGCAGGCUCGGUUCUCGAGGAGAUGCUGGUGGCCGCAGCCCUCCCGACCCCUGACCCUCCCCCUGUCCUGGGGCCUGCAGCUGGCCCAGAGAGGUCUUGACCUCCACCUGGCAAUGGGACUCGCUCCUGGAGGAGGAAGGACCAGGAGGCCCAUGCCCUUCCAUGCAGAGUGAGGGCCAGGACAGAGCAGAGCCAUGAGGCUCCUCGCCUUGGGGGACGGGUGCUUUCCAAGUGUCCUGGCUGGGGCCCUCCUCCUCAGGACAGGCUGCUGGAGGCCCUGGGGGGUGGGGGGGUGGGGGGAGGUGGCCCAGGACAGGGGACGCACUUGACUGCCUAUGUGGGAAUGUCUGCUUCCCAGGCCCUUGCUCCAGGGGUGGCCAGGUGGGCUACAUGCCCAGAGCCUGGGCCCUCUUGCGCCCAGGCCCGGUGUGCGGGGGCUUCCUGCCCCCCUGCCCUCCCUCUGGCAGAGGGGCCCCUGUGAUCCCCCCCUCAGUCACCUCUAUCUGGGUAUUCUGGCUGCCUGCCCCGCCACCCCACCACCUCUGGCCUCACUCUGACCCACUGCUACCCCUGCCCCCCGUGACUGUAGGGCCACUUGGCCCUGUUCUCGCCCCACACUGUGAUUUCAGGGACUGUGGAGCGGUGUGGGGGCGGCAGGCCACACUCUACACUGUGUUCCUGCAGCAGAACACUGUGCCCCUGACCUUUGGGACUAAAAAGGUCAAGCUCCCUGUGUGGGAUGGAACAUUCUGCCCUCCACCUGGUAGCAGGAAUGCCGCUAGGGUAGGGCUAGGCUAGGGAGAUGCCUCGGGCCUCUGACCCCCUCACUGGCAUGGGACACUGGGAAGGGGUCCCAAGGAGGUGUGGAGCUGGGGGGUCUCAGGAAUCAGAAAGCAAGGUCCAGAGACAUCCCUGGGAGCUAGUGGGCCCAGCAAGCACCCCCAGCACCUCCAUUUUCUGCCCACCUCCCUUCCUGGGCUGGGACCCAGAUGCCCUCCAUCUUUGGUGGGCGGGGUCUGAAGAGGGCCCGCCCCUGCCCAGCCCACCCCCAAGCCCUCCGCACCCACCUCUUCCGCCGGUCCUGAGCAGGAAGGUGCGGGGAGCACACCCCUUGGGGGAGGGGCACCUGCCAGGUGGGCCCAUAAAGAGGUGAGUAUCUGAGACCACAGCGACAAUGAGUACUUCUCCGUCCCCGCUGACAUGGGGCCUUCGCCUGCCCUGUGGGUGAUGUUCAUCCUGCUUAAAGGCCAGACCUCAAACACCCAGCCAGGCAUGAUCUCUGUCUUACAGAGUUUCCAGGAAGACCAGGUCUGGGGGCCAGGUUGGAGGGGGAGAAAGCCAGGGUCCAAGUGCAGGGAGAAAGGAGGGCCAUGGUGGCCGGGGAAGGCACCCCCCGGGGAACCCGGCAUGGCCAGCCUGGUCUCAGUGUCCUCCCCAGAGAUUCCUGACAUCCAGCAGAAAAGGGCCCCGAACAGACCUUCUGGGCAGCCGCUCCCUCCUGUAGCCCCUGCCAGUCCCCGUGAGGUGGGGACGUCUCAGUCCCUUCGCACAGAUGGGGAAACAGUCUGGACAAGACCAGCCACUGGGCCAGGUCACUCUGUCCCUGCCAGACCCAGGGCAGCCCCCGGCUUGGCGCAGGCACAGGCUGCCUGGCGAGGGUGUCAGGGCUGCCCUGGGCUCUGCCGACUCCGCGUCCCCACAGUUCCAGGGGGAAUGGUUUGUUGUCGGCCCGGCGGGCAGCACCCACAGGAAGACAGACAGUUCCUUGCUGAGCCCGUUCACUGCAACGUUUGAGAAGAAUGAAAACGGCAGCCUUAAAGUGUCAUAUGCCAUGACCCGGGGCCACCGCUGUAUCACCUGGUCUUAUGUGCUGAUCGCAGCGGCCCAGCCUGGGGGCUUCUCAGUGGACAACACAGCGGCGCCCGGGAAAGGCCCCGAGGAGGUCCAGGUGCGCGACACUGACUACAGCGUGUUUGCUCUGAUGCUGUCCAGGAGACGGUCGGGCGGUCAGAGCGUCCUCACGGUCAGCCUGCUGUGCAGGACGUGGGUGAUACGGACCCGGGUGCUGGAGAGGUUCGUCCACCUGGUCAGAGCUCAGGGCCUCUCGGAUAACAACGUCGUCUUCCCGGACUUGGCCGGUCCCGGGCUCUCAGGCUGGGGCGGGAGCCCGGACCCAGCGUAGGUAGCUGCCCAUGGGCCUCAAAAGCCCUGUGGGAGCCCGGCGGGUGAGUGUGGACUGUGUUCAGGGUCGACCUGUGGGGUCCUGGCGGCCCCAGAGGGUUCAGCCUGAGCCCAGAGUGCGGCGGGGAGGGGGGGGGUCCAUAUUUGAUCCCUGUCCCACCCCCACCCCUCCACCCUGGGCCACCCCUUCCCCCUUCCGGGAGCAUUUCUCACCACACCCCCACCCCUCCCACCUCUGGCCCUUUACAGGUGUGGGGCUACGUGAACACGUACUGGCAGACGUGUGCAUAAAACACGCGCGGACCUCCACACACACGUGCACGUGUAACCACUUAGACACCCACACACGCACACGUGUGCACAGAGGUGCACGCACACUGGACACCGUGCUCACAAGCACGAGCGCUUGAGCGCCCCCUUGCGUGUCUUCGGGGAGUCUGGGGGCCCAGGCGGGGGCAGGGUGGCACCCUGGAGGGCACGUCCCUCGGUCCCUGGACGGCCUCCCCCACCCCAGCCCGUUUCUCCCUCAGCCCCAAUUCCUCUCCCCUCCCCGGAAGCUGCCAGCUCUCUCUUGUGCGUCUUGCUCCUCCCCAGCUCUGCCCCCAGUCUCUCCCCCAUCCUUCAUCCGAGGCUCUGUCUCCCCCAUCAGACUGGUCCCCCCAUCCGAGCAGCUGUUGAAGGUGGACGCAGCUCCUCCCCGGCCAAGGCCUGUGUCACUGCCCCGCACUGCCCUCUUCUGCUCUCGGCAUGAAAUAAAUGCUCCGUGUUGGGAUCCAGGCGUGCGACCCACUGUGACCUCAGGUGGGUAGGGGGAGCCCGAAGUAGGGGCCUCUGAGCACACUCACCCACCCCAGCCCACCAGGCCUGUCCUUGCCCUCCAGGCUUCCUGGGGGGUGUGUGUGUGUGUGUGUGCGCACGUGCGUGUGGCUUUGCAGGCCCUCGUGGAUUGCACAAGUUGGUCCCGGGACAAGGCCCCUCGAUCCUCCCCACACAGACC